AAAAAUCGUGCUGCUUUUACCUUGUCGUAAUAAUUUUGAAAUAUUUUCAAUAAGCAUAAAUUUGAUCAUUUUACUCUAAAAUAAAUGUAUUUUAUUUUGUUUUAAUCAAAAAAGUUUACAUUUUUUAUUAAAUUCGUUGAAUUUCUCUGUGUGUACGCGGUUGAUUAGGUUAUAAAAAUCUGGUUAACCCAUUUUUUGUGCAACAAAAGAAUUUUCAUCUGACCAGUCAAAAAGAAUGGAAGCCCGAAACAAGCCACCUACUCCAACGGGGGGUUCUAAAGUAGAAAACUUAGAAUUAGAAGAUGACAACCCCGUUAAAAAAAAUCCUCCCCAAUUUACCGACGUCUUCGUAACCGCGGCUACUAGUACUACUGCAUCCACCAUCGCUACUACCACUACUACAAAUAAUAAUAUCAUUACUGCUAACGCUGCUGAGGCUGCUACUACUACUGCUACUACGACCGCCACUACCAGUUUGUUCUCAAAUCCCAAAUAUAUUUGUCGAGGCAGAUGGUGGAAUCUUGAUGGAAAUAGCGCAACAGAAAAAACGGCUCUGUUGGGGUAUAGAAGUCAAGAUGGAAGUGAAAGUAGUAGUUGGUGUGGAUCCAUAGAGAUAGGUGAAGAGGCAGAAGAAUUUCCGGCAGAGACAAGACCAGAAAGACGGAUAAAUGCGGAUGUGGGAGCCCAGGAAGUGCCAACAGGACUUUUUUUCCGACAACAGCCACGUCAUUUUACUAUUCGGCGAUGGGAUAAAAAAUAUUUUAGGAUCGCCAUUGGGUUGGCCAUGGUCAUUUUGGCCUUGGGUGGCUUCUGCUCGUUUUAUGUCCUUUACAAGUUACGUCAACGUAAUCCGUAAUUGGCGGUCUGGGAUUUGUAAUAUGUAAUCCGUGAUUUAGUUUAGGUAUUCUAUGGGCGAAUCCCUAAACGGCCAUUCGUGUUUAAUCAAUAUUCAUUUAGUCGUAUCAAUAUUUGCUUAAAAGACAUUCACUGGAAAAUGUAUUAACUGAUAGAUUACCCUGCAGUAAAACUUCAUAUUGAAGUAUCAGAAAUUUUAUAUGAUGAACGGUUUUAUUGAGUUGAGAAAUAAUAAAAUAUAUUUCCACAAGUAUUCUCAUUAAUUACUUUUUCAUUUUAGUAUUUUUUAUUUUUCGUUAUUGUCAUUAUGGAAGUCGUAAAAGUAUUAGUAGUAAUAGAUUUGGUAGUUGCUGCUGCACUAGUAGUAGCAGUACUGCUAUUAUUAGAAGUAGUUGAAGUAAAUUUACUAGCGUAGUAGUAGUAGUAGUAGUAGUAGCAGUUACAAAUGUAGUAGUGGUAGUAGUAGUAGAGUAGUAGUAGGAAUACAAGCGGAUACAAAUUUUUUGUGUUCCAACUCCCAGAAAAUUGUUACAACUUUUGCAUCAUAAUUUUACUUAUGUACCAUUACUAAAUGAAAAAUACUUCAAAAAUCACUUCAAAAUAAGUUGAAUGGAAUUGUUGUUCUUAGUAAAUUAUAUUUAGUUUUUA